AUGGUUGUUUCCAGUAUCUUUGUGCGUAAGGCUGUCCAUACUGACUUGAAGUAUGUGGAAGAAGCAACUAAAGUUGUUAACGCAGCUUAUAGAUACGGGGCCGAAACCAAUACCAAUACCAACUUGGAAAGCUCGACUAAAAUAGUAGGCACAGUGCUACUUCAACCGUCUGAAAAUCCUGGAGAAGCAGAGAUUAGCUUAUUUUCGGUAUUACCAUCAUAUCAAUCAAAGGGUAUUGGCAGCCGAUUGAUUCGUACUGUCAUGGCCGGAAUGAAAGAUCUAGGAUUUCAUACCGCUGUGAUCCAUGUCAUUGAAAGUCGCAGCGAGAUUUUGGCUUGGUAUAAGAAGCUUGGCUUUGUUGAAACAGGAGAAAGGGUUCCUUUCGUUUGGCCUGAAUUACUGAAACAGGAUAACUUACAUUUCUUGACGCUAAAGAGGAAACUCGAAUAGAUAGAUUUAAUAAAGGAUAAAAUUUGCAGUUACUUUGCCCAUUGAUGGAUAUGAUUCGGGCUUUAUUUUUCCCCUCAUUUCCAAGCCAAUCAUAUGCGCUGUUGUUCAAAUCUUGAAAAAGAAAAAAGCUAUUUUGAAUUGCCCAAUAUCCAUAAGUGAUCAGUACCUCGUGCUGCGUUACUGAGGUCAAGUCCAUUCUGAAUCCCUUUAUUCCUUCUUUAUCUUUUUAUUUUACAAAAAUUCUGGCGGGGAGGAAAAAACGCUAAAUACAAAACAACAUGACCGAAAAAGCUCUUAUCGAUACAGACAUAGAGGAGACACCAACAGACAAGUUGGUUGAAACUUCAUCACCUGAUGAGUUA